AUGAAAUCUUUACAAGACCUACAGGCAAUUCACUUCACAACCCAAAUCUUUUCCUCACAGAAUGAAGUUCAAGAGGGGGUCAAAGACCAAGUGAUUGUUCAAGAUCUGGGAGCCGGUCCAUGCCCAGCAACCCAAGCAUAUAGAGAAAAAAUAACCUCGCAGAAUGAUAUAGUAUUUGUAGAAAAAAGUUAUGACCCGGCCAGACCACAUAAAAAUCUCAAAAAUAUGUCUGUAUGGGAAGGAAAG